UGCAGUCCGCGCGAGCCGCCGCCGCAGCCGGCAGCCGGGCGAGAUUCGCGGCUCCCGGGGCCCUCGGAGGGAACAACCGCACUCUCCCGCGCCCGUGCUUUCGCCCGAGCCGGCCCGUCCCUCGCCGCUGACCGGAUCUGGCUGACCAGCUUGCCCUCCGGUCGGACCUGAGGCUCCCCGGCCGCCGCGGGGACCCGCCCACCAGUCCCUGCCGGGGCCCGCUGUGCCUGUGGGGACUCCACGGUUGAUGACACCCGGCGGAGGGCUGCGAUGGAAGGGGAUGCCUCAGACUCUCAGGUGACUAUUAAGAAUAUCGAAAAGGAGCUUAUUUGCCCAGCAUGCAAGGAGCUGUUUACACACCCGUUGAUUCUCCCUUGCCAGCACAGCGUCUGUCAUAAGUGUGUGAAAGAACUCUUACUGUCUCUCGAUGAUUCAUUCAAUGAUGUGGCAUCAGACAACUCCAAUCAGAGCAGCCCUCGACUUCGGCUCACCUCCCCUAGCAUGGAUAAAAUUGACAAAAUUAGCAGACCAGGCUGGAAGCGUAAUUCCCUGACCCCAAGGCCGACUAUGUUUCCUUGUCCUGGCUGUGAGCAUGAUGUGGAUCUUGGAGAGCGAGGAGUCAGCGGUCUGUUUCGAAAUUUCACUUUGGAAACGAUUGUCGAGAGAUACCGGCAGGCCGCCAGGGCCGCCACAGCCAUUAUGUGUGACCUGUGUAAACCACCACCCCAGGAGUCUACGAAGAGCUGCAUGGACUGUAGUGCAAGCUACUGCAACGAAUGCUUCAAAAUUUAUCAUCCUUGGGGGACUGUCAAAGCCCAGCAUGAGUAUGUGGGUCCCACCACUAAUUUCAGACCCAAGAUUUUAAUGUGCCCUGAACACGAGACAGAGAGGAUAAACAUGUACUGUGAACUGUGCAGAAGGCCGGUUUGCCACCUCUGUAAGUUGGGUGGGAAUCAUUCCAACCACCGAGUGACCACCAUGAGCAGUGCCUACAAAACCUUAAAGGAGAAGCUUUCAAAGGACAUUGAUUUCCUUAUUGGUAAGGAAGGCCAAGUGAAGAGUCAGAUUUCUGAACUCAACUUGUUAAUGAAAGAAACAGAGUGCAAUGGAGAGAGGGCCAAGGAAGAAGCGCUGGCCCAUUUUGAAAAGCUCUUUGAGAUCCUAGAGGACAGGAAGUCAUCUGUUCUGAAAGCCAUCGAUGCCUCUAAGAAACUAAGGCUAGACAAAUUUCACACGCAAGUGGAAGAGUACCAAGGCCUUCUGGAGAACAACGGGCUUGUUGGAUACGCGCAGGAAGUGCUGAAGGAGACAGAUCAGUCUUGCUUCGUGCAGACGGCAAAGCAGCUCCAUCUCAGAAUACAGAAAGCUACGGAAUCUCUGAAGAGCUUUAGACCCGCAGCCCAGGCUUCUUUCGAAGACUAUGUGGUUAACACAUCCAAACAGACAGAGGUGCUCGGAGAACUGUCCUUUUUCUCUAGUGGCAUAGACAUUCCUGAGAUCAACGAGGAACAGAGUAAAGUGUAUAAUAACGCCCUGAUAAACUGGCACCAGCCAGAAAAGGACAAGGCCGACAGCUAUGUUCUUGAAUACCGGAAGAUGAAUAGAGAUGAAGAAAUGAUGCCGUGGAAUGAGAUAGAGGUGCACGGCACAAGUAAAGUUGUCUCCAACCUGGAAAGCAACAGUCAUUAUGCUUUCCGAGUGAGAGCUUACCGAGGCUCCAUCUGCAGCCCCUGCAGCAGAGAGCUGGUCCUGCACACGCCUCCAGCUCCAGUUUUCAGUUUCCUGUUUGAUGAAAAGUGUGGCUAUAAUAACGAGCACCUGUUGCUAAACCUGAAGCGAGACCGGGUGGAGAGUAGGGCUGGAUUUAAUGUCCUUCUGGCUGCGGAACGCAUCCAAGUGGGCUAUUACACAAGCCUCGACUACAUCAUCGGAGAUGUUGGAAUAACCAAAGGGAAACACUUCUGGGCCUGCCGUGUGGAACCAUAUUCAUACCUGGUCAAAGUGGGCGUUGCCUCCAGCGACAAACUGCAGGAGUGGCUGAGGUCUCCCCGGGAUGCGGCUAGUCCAAGAUAUGAACAAGACAGCGGGCAUGACAGUGGCAGUGAAGAGGCCUGUUUCGAUUCUUCACAACCUUUUACAUUAGUUACUGUAGGCAUGAAGAAAUUUUUUAUACCCAAGUCACCUACUUCUUCUAACGAACCCGAAAAUAGAGUUCUUCCCAUGCCAACAAGUAUAGGGAUUUUCCUUGACUGUGAUAAAGGCAAAGUCAGCUUCUAUGAUAUGGAUCACAUGAAAUGCCUGUACGAGCGCCAGGUGGACUGUUCACAUACAAUGUAUCCAGCAUUUGCCUUAAUGGGCAGUGGAGGAAUUCAGCUUGAAGAACCCAUCACAGCCAAGUAUCUGGAAUAUGAAGAGGACGUGUAGUUCGGACACCCCAUGUGGCGAGAAUGAAAACUGUGAACAAAGCCAUGCCUUGGUGUUAGUCUUCGUAACUAAUUACAUAUCGUUUACGUCUUCUGUCACCACA